AUGACAUCAGAUCAAUCUCCCGCACUCUCCUUCUACGACAUCGCAUUCCGCCCCCCCGUGGAAUCAACCGCCGCAGCCCCAAACCCAUGGAAAGCGCGCUACGCCCUAAACUUCAAGGGAAUCCCCUACAAAACCCAAUGGAUCCAAAUGCCCCACAUCGCCAAAGUCCGCAAAGAAAUUGGCGCAGCACCAUCCCGCAAAUUCGCCGACGGAAGCGACUACUACACACUUCCCGUGCUCACCGACUCCACAACAAACUCCAUACUCGGAGACUCCUUCGAUAUAGCAAUCUACCUCCAAAAGCAGUACCCCAAUUCCGGAGCUGGUGAUCUCUUGCCACCUCAAAAACUCGAUUUCACAUACAAACACGACGCACCUUUUCUAGUUCCGCUCUCGGAGCGGGAAGAGGGUGAAUUCGGUGAAUAUGUCCGGUUCAACACGAGUGUGGAUACGGUUUUUACCGCUCAUGUCAUGCUCAUGGGGACGGGGAUGCAAUUUGAUCCUGCAUAUGCGGAGGAGAUUGGAGCCAUGUUUGCCGAGCGGGCUGGUGCCAAGUCUUCGGAGCCCUUUGUGUUCGGAGAGGAGGAUCGGGCGAAAAUGAUGACUUCGUUUCGGGAGGCAUUGGCUGAUCUAGCGAAACUUUUAGAUCGGGAGAGUGGGCCUUUUAUUCUUGGUCAGCGGGCGAGUUAUGCGGAUUGUAUUGUUGGGGGUUGGUUGAAAAUGAUGCAUAUGACUUUGCCAAUACAUGAGUGGGAGGAGGCUAUGGGGUGGUAUGGAGGUGUCUUUGAUAGGCUCUAUCAAGGAUUGCAACAAUUUGCGGAGGUCAAGUAA